ACAAGUAUAUUUUUUGCUCUAUAAUUUCACCGAGUUAACCUAAAUCGAAGUCGGCAUACGGGAGGAUCCAGAUCGACGGCCUAUGACAAGAGGACGGGAGCGAUCGACGGUCGGGAUUUCAUUCCUUUCUGUAUAAACUUAAGUGUUGAACGCUUGUUUGAGCUCUCUGGCGUUGAAGAGGUGCUGUGCGCGGCCGCUCAGACGAUUUAUUUUGAGUUUGGAUCAGAUUAUUUGCUAAAAAGCUCUUGCCGACUAUCAAAAUGGUGCUUUCUAAUGACAUUGACUUGCUUCAUCCUCCAGCUGAUGUGGAAAAGCGGAAGCACAAAUUGAAACGUCUCGUGCAAUCACCAAAUUCCUUUUUUAUGGAUGUGAAGUGUCAAGGAUGCUUCAAUAUCACGACUGUGUUCAGUCAUUCUCAGACAGUUGUUGUCUGUGGGAACUGUCAAACUGUGCUAUGCCAGCCAACUGGAGGUCGUGCACGGUUGACUGAAGGAUGCUCUUUCAGGAAGAAGGGCGAUUGAGAUUUUAUUCUUUUUGUGUAUUCGUGUUUUGUGUUCAAUCAUGAUACUCUAGGGAAACGUUUGGCAGUGCAGUGGCCCACACAGGCCUUUUCAAUGCUAUACAUAUUAGUUUCAAGUCAUUCUAAAUGAGUGUUUCAGCUAGCUCGGGGAAGUUUUGCAGCUAAGAUGUUGCUUAGGUUAUUAUGACUACUACUCGGAUAGACAAGAUUUAUUUUAAAAGAUUUUAAAUGUAAUGUGAUUCAAGUGGGAUUUUGAUAA